GCAGCAGCGCACCCUGCUCCCCGCUCGUUGGACUCGUUCGCCAUUUUGAUUUCAGCCUGAGAGGACUCCGGUAAAAAAAAAAAGUUGCAGCUAAACGACGACGACGGCAACGGCAACAACAGCAACAGACACGGAGACAACCUGAGGAGAAACAACAGCAGAUAACAACAAUGAGUGGUUGUCGCGUCUUCAUUGGCCGCCUGAGCCCGCACGCCAGAGAGAGAGACGUGGAGAAGUUUUUCAAGGGUUACGGACGUAUUCGGGAGAUCAACCUGAAGAACGGGUUUGGCUUUGUGGAAUUUGACGACCACAGAGAUGCAGAUGAUGCCGUGUACGAGCUGAAUGGCAAAGAGCUGUGCAGUGAAAGGGUCACGAUCGAGCACGCUCGCUCCAGGAGAGGAAGAGGCGGCGGCCCCGGAAUGGGACGUUUCGGUGGCGGAGGCGGCGGUGGUGGUGGCGGCGGAGGUGGCUACCGCCCGUCUCGCAGCAGUGGAUCCAGACCGGACAGGUAUGGCCCUCCUGUGCGGACCGACCACAGACUCAUUGUGGAGAACCUCUCUUCACGGAUCAGCUGGCAGGACCUGAAAGACCUGAUGAGAAAAGCAGGUGAAGUUACCUUUGUGGACGCCCACAGGCCCAACAAAAAUGAAGGAGUGGUCGAGUUUGCAUCUCGCAGCGACAUGAAGAACGCAAUCGCCAAGCUGGACGGGACGGAGUUGAACGGACGCAAGCUGAAGAUCUUUGAGGACAGCAGAAGUCACAGCAAGAGCCGCUCCCGUUCCCGCAGCUACUCGCGCUCAAAGAGUCGCUCCAGGAGCCGCAACCGCUCCAGGAGCCGCUCCCGGUCCGCCAGCCGCACCCCGGAGAGGAGGUCAUCAGGAGGGGGCAAGCCCGCCGCCAGAUCCCCCUCCAGGUCCAAGUCUCGCUCCAAGUCCCGCUCCAGGUCUCGCUCCCGCUCGCCCGCCCCCGUUCAGAACAAACAGUCCCGCUCUCGUUCUCGCUCUCGCUCCCGAUCUCGGUCCCGCUCACGUUCCCGCUCGGCCUCAGCAGACAGUAAACACUGAGAUUGGCACAGCUCUAAAAUAGACUGGUAGUUGCUCCCGUAGGCGUCUGUGGAGGCUCCUGGUGGUUUUUGUUUGUUUUUUUUUAAUGAAGGAGAGGGUGUUGCCUUUUACAUGGCUUCUAUUGAAAUAAGAUCUUCAGUCAUUAACGUGCCCACUUUGACUUUUCUUUUUUUUUUGUUAGUUUGUGCUUCCACAGAAAAAUAUCUCGCGUAUCCACGUGACAGAAAACAUUUCGAUCAGUGAUGAUGGCCUGUCACAAUCCUGUCCGCCAUGUUAGGAUUCCAUCCACGCCUCUGUGCUUUGCUGAGUGAUUCAGAGCAGUUCAAACUUUUUUUUAAUUCGUGUCCGGCAUUGCCGUCAAACUGUGAUUCUGCUUCUGGCGAGGCGCCGUCAUCGGACGCCUCCCCGCGUGUUGCAUUCGCUGCCCUGAUAUGUGAACAUACAAACGUCUCAGCGGUGGUUUGUUUCAGCUCUCGUGUGAUAAUUUUGGAAUCUGACAUUAAUUUUUUUUUUUUUUUUUUACUCUGCUGUAUCAGGACCUCGUCUCGUGUCGGUAAUUUGCUGUGUUCAUGUACGUUAUCUCCAGCCUCCGGUGUUGUCGGUCUGAACACGUGUCUAUUUCAGCAGGAAGAAAUGUCUAAGUUUAUUAAUUUGAUACUAAUAAAACACUCACUGCA